AUGGAAAAGACACAGUUGAUUCUAUUAGGAUUACCGAUUUUCUUAUUCUGUGCUGAUCUCUUCAAUCUCUUCACUCCGCCGCCGCCGAAAGCUCAGAACCAUCCUCCGCCUAUCUCUCACCCGCAGCGUCCGGCGGUGUUUGCCCCAGAUUUCCCCUCACAGACAAGUGAUGCUGGUGGAAUCGGAUAUGGAAACGCCGUAGAGAUCAACUUCUGCGCCUCCUGCUCUUACAAGGGAACUGCAGUAACCAUGAAGAAGAUGCUAGAGACAGAGUUUCCUGGACUAGACGUGAUUCUCGCAAACUACCCGCCACCAGCGCCGAAACGGAUUCUAGCUAAGGUUGUGCCAGUUGCUCAGAUGGGAGUUAUUGGUCUCAUUAUGGGAGGCGAGCAUAUAUUUCCGAUGAUCGGAAUCGCACAGCCUCCUGCUUGGUUCCACUCCUUGAGGGCUAAUAGAUUCGGGUCCAUGGCCUCCACUUGGCUUCUUGGGAACUUCUUGCAAUCAUUCUUACAAAGCUCUGGCGCUUUUGAAGUUAGCUGCAAUGGGGAAGUGGUGUUUUCUAAACUGAAAGAAGGUAGAUUUCCGGGGGAGAUCGAGUUGAGAGAUUUGAUCAGCAAAACACUGACGAAGCCAUUCGUCACAGGAAGCUACUGA